GCUUCCCGCGCACGCGAAUUGCACGGCGUGUAAAAGCACUGCAGUGGAUUCCUGUACGACAUUUCGAUAUCCUACGGACGACGAGGUACGAGUGACAAGGUCCACUGUCGCUCAUGCAACUCGGCUGUAAAUGGACUCUCUCUGGCGUGUGGAAAGCGGGAUCCGUAGCUGCAUUGCGCGUCGGAUGAGCAAGUGCAACUUGGAACGAUCAACGAAUCUCAGUGUACACGGCCGGCUCGCGUGGCGUCAGACCGGCUGGCGCACUGCUUGAACCGCUCCGUACGUCCCUGCGUACAUAUCUAUCGUAUGCACAGAAAUCGAGGUCGUCAUUUUUGGUUUUGAGACUCAUGGCACGCAUGCACAAGCUACACUCGACGACGCUCCUCGGCGACGACGACGACCCACGGACGCUCAAGGACGUUGCCCACGAGAAUCUCGACCGCCUCUUGCGCCGCAGUCGCGACGAACCGUGGGUGUGUGUCAAAGCCACGCCGGGCUUGCAUCUUUUUCGUGACCAAAGCGGCAGUACGUACCAAGCCGCAACGGUCGUCGACGCGUCCAUGGACGAACUCAAAGCGUUUGUGUCGCUUGUGACCACGGAAGAAAUGCGCGCCAACAUUGGCCAGCACAUGUACCAAGAUGUUUUGGACAGCAACAUUUUGCAUGCGGUCGCCGCCGACGAGCGCAUCUUUGUGCGCUGGCUCGCCUUUGCGUGUCCGUCGCCGAUGCGGAACCGCGAUCUCUGCGUCUUGGAGGCCCACGACGACGUCGUCUUGCCAACCGGACGCCACGCGUAUGUCAUUUCGCAGCACUCGGUGCCAUUUGCGCCAUGCCCCGACAACGAAGCGACGCUCAACGUUGUGCGGGCGUCCAUCGCGAACUCCGGUCUUAUUGUAUCAGAAACGGGCACGCCGGGCCAGUGCCGCGUCCAGCUUUUCCUCAGCUUGGACCUCCAAGGGCGCGGGCCGCAAUGGCUCUCCAAGCGCUUCAUGCUCAAUCGCGUCGCACGGCUUCAGUCGCUGCACGCUGCCGUGGCCAACCUCCGCCGCGCCAAGAUGUCGAUAUGCGGUGACUUUGCGAUGUAUGGUGACAACCAAAGCGAGUGCGGUCGCUGCCACAAGCGCUUCCAGAACUCGUUUUCAUUGAAACGCCGCCUCUUUCAAUGCACGUCGUGCUGCCACACGUUUUGCCGCCAGUGUACGGUGGACGCCUCGAAAGGUCGCAAGUGCCAUGCGUGCUGGGGGGCCUCGACGGGCGGCUGCUUUCGGAGUCCGUACCCGUCGUCCGGUCCGAGCGGGUACGAUGUCGGGAUGGCGUCGCCGUGUCGUCAGUACAGUCCCAACGUAACGCGGCAGCAGCUCCAACAGUGGAUACACCCGGCGUGGGUGCCCGACGUGCCCGAGCUGGACGUUGACUGGCUCGGACCCUUGCCCAUCUCGAAAUAAUUCAUUAUGCACCGCGAAGGAGGCUAAUAGAAACUACUAGAAUGUAUAUACAUAUGUAUGAAGGUGUCA